AUGAAAUCUCUAAAGAAGCUUGGAUUAUCAAAGUCUAAAUCGAGCAGCAGCAACUCAAGCCAACCUAAAAAGCCUGAAGCUAACAAUCCAGGCAUAUUGGUCACAACUGAGCACCCACAAGACCCAAUACCUCGUCCACAGCACGGAAACCUCGAUUCAACUCCCCCAAAGACUUCUAGAAUGCAGUCUAAGCAGCAUUCUCCAAAGGAUACUAUCCCAAUCACUGGAAAGCCUCCGAAGAAACAGAGAUCCUCUAGGUUCCAUGUCAGCCAUCCACAAAAAUUAGAGCCGUUGCCUGCAUUUUUAGACGUUCCUGUACAGGAUAGGUCCGCGCUGUUUAUGAAGAAGUUACACCAAGCUUCUGUCAUUUUUGAUUUCAACGAUGCUUCCUCGGACUUGGAAGGAAAGCAAGUUAAAGCAGGUGCUCUACAUGAAAUGCUCGAAUACGUGACAAGGCACAGAAACGUCAUCACUGAGCCUAUUUAUCCAGAAAUGGUUCACAUGUUCGCUUGCAAUUUGUUCAGGUCCAUACCUCCUCCUGUCAACCCAACUGGAGACGCUUUCGAUCCAGAAGAAGAUGAGCCUAUCUGCGAGCUCGCUUGGCCUCAUUUACAAGUAGUAUAUGAAUUAUUCCUGCGAUUCGUCGAGUCCCCUGAUUUCAAUACUAAUAUCGCCAAGCGCUAUAUCGAUCAACUAUUCGUUUUGCAAUUGUUGGAAUUGUUCGAUAGCGAGGAUCCUAGAGAGCGCGACUUCUUGAAAACUACAUUACAUAGAAUAUACGGCAAAUUCUUAAACCUGCGAGCUUUCAUUAGACGGUCUAUCAACAAUGUCUUUUUCCACUUCAUUUAUGAAACAGAGAGACACAAUGGUAUUGCAGAGUUGUUGGAAAUUUUGGGAUCUAUCAUCAAUGGUUUCGCAUUGCCGUUGAAGGAGGAACACAAGACAUUCCUUACAAGAGUACUCAUUCCACUUCACAAAGUCAGAUCACUCAGUUUGUAUCACCCUCAAUUGGCAUACUGUGUUGUGCAGUUCUUGGAGAAAGACAGCACUCUCACAGAAGAAGUUAUACUCGGUUUGUUGAGAUACUGGCCAAGAGUCAAUUCGCAAAAAGAGGUCAUGUUCUUAAAUGAAGUCGAAGAGAUACUAGACGUAAUAGAGCCCGCGCAAUUCCAGAGAAUUAUGGUCGCAGAACGCGCUUUAUACUAUUGGAACAACGACUAUAUAGUCAACCUAAUGUCAAACAAUCUUUCAACUAUAUUACCUUUAGUUUUCUCAUCAUUAUACCAAAAUUCUAAAAUACACUGGAAUAGAACCAUUCAUAACAUGGUUUACAACGCAUUAAAACUAUUCAUGGAUAUGAACCCUCCUCUCUUCGAUGAAUGUACAUCAAACUACAAACCACAGAGACAAUUUGAAAAGGAGAAGACGUUAGAGCGUCAACAGGGUUGGGAAAAUGUCAGACAGAAAGCUAUAGAAAAUAGAGGCGAUAAAGGCCCGUUACCUGAAUCACUGAAGGCACCACAGCAAUACAUCUCACCGGAGUCAGUCGCAGCUGUCGAAGCAGACCAGUUGAUAGAUUAUUUACCUGCUGCGUUGGCUGAAGUCAGUUUACAAGGACAAGAAGGUGAAUUUGAUUUGAUGGAGGGUGAAGAGGGUGAUAGUAUGAUUAGUGAGGAUCAACAAGCACAAAUGCAAAUGCGGUCACAGUUGAAUAAUGAAGAGGAGGAGUAUGAAGAAGGAGGAAAUAUACCUGCAGAUUUGAUACCUGCAGAGGCAAUAGUGACAAACGCGAACGAUGAAAAUUCAUCCGAUGUGAAAAGAAAGUCUCAGUUGCCGGUCAACAAAGGAUCUGUGGAUGAAGUUUCCGAUCAUCGCAGUGCGAGUGAUUUAGUUGAUAAGCCUUCUCAAGAAUGA